GACUAUAAAGGUCCCAUUUUUCUCCUUCACCACCUGGCUUUGCUCAAUCAUUAGUCACACCUGCUUUCCUUCCUCGGAAGAGCAGAGUGGACCAAGGGAGCCAUAAAACAUGAAGAUCUUGUUACUCUUUGCUGUUUUCUUCUGGGUGGUCCAAGAAAACUCAGGGGACAUACCACCUGGAAUCAGAAAUACUAUCUGCCUCAUGCAAAAAGGCCACUGCAGACUUUUUAGGUGCCAUUUUGCUGAGAAAAAGGGGGACAUCUGCUCUGACCCCUGGAACCGAUGCUGCAUCCCCAUUUCCCUUAACAACGGAGAUAGAUAACAGCAUGGAAGAGCUAGGAUCUGGGGAGCAAGCUCCUGGAAGGUGAAGACCCAGAAACACCCCAAAGGCUUUGAGGCUAUGCAUCU